UUUGCACGUAAGUACUAACGUACACGCACGUAAAAGUUAAAUCCUUCUAAGUUGUUGUAUAAUCAACUUUAUGCGAAAAAAACAUACCGAAUCACCAACCGAAUCCAAGCCUAUCCAACUUAUUAUCAACUUUCGUUGAUUUGAUAAGUAUCAUUUUACGUGCGUGUACGUGGUACGUACCUGGUACGUACGUGCAAAAAACGCGACAGUGGAAAGUGGAAAGCAACCCUAACUGUGACGACACUCACGACUAAAUGGAAACGAGGCAUAAUAAAGCUCCCUAAAAAUCUUGGAUUCCUAUGACUAUAGUAUACGUCAAUGCUAUGGUAAGUGCAGAAAUCCAGAAAUCAGUGCUGGGAUUGGGAUUGAUGCGCAUGUUUUGCAUAAUCCACUAGGUCAGCGGAUUCCUCGCUGGAUGUAACAAUUUUGUGACUUUGUUUUUAUAAAAAAUAUGGAUACUUGUUGUCGUUCGAUCAAACGUGGGAAGGACGAAAUUCCCGAUUAUUAUCCUCAAACAAACGGCCAGAAAGAGGAUGAGCUGACAGAGUCUAAUGUCAAGCGUGGCUUCAGCAACGUUGGGAUCGGCAGUUCAACUUCUCACGAGUUUUCUUCUGCACGAGAUAAAGUAUCACAAAUUCCUGUUAGCAAGUUUGCUGCUGCAUUUAAUACCAUUCUAACAGAAAAACAGAAAUGCAAUACAUUCCAAGAUACAAAUAAGAAAAAGCCAGUUGCUCAAAAUAAGGAGUUAUUUUCACCUAUCACAUCUAAAACAAAAGGUUCUGUCUCUUCUUGGUUACAAGAUCUUGCUGGAAGUAAAUCAUUGACUGCCCUUGCAAGUCGAAAGGUUCCAGUUUUUAACAAGAAGGAGGAACUGUUAAACAGCAUUUGCGAACAUAAUGUGCCUUUGAUACGUGCCACUUGGUUUAUAAAGAUGACAUCAGCUCAUCAGAUGGCUUUGAUAUCGGAGUCGAGAAACAAGAAACGGCAAGCUAGUGAUCCAGCUCAAGAAUGGACAAGCACCAUCACAAAGUACCUGAAAGACCAGUUGAACAAACUGAACGAUUAUCACCAAUCUUACUCACGAAUGACGACUGAAACUGAAAUACCACAAAAACAAUGGCAUUAUACAGUACGACUCACUGAUUGGCUAUAUGAGGAGAAUUUGUUGGAUCGCCAAGAGUUUUUUCAUUGGGUAGUCGAACAAAUGGACAAAGUUAAAAAUGAUGAUAUAAUUUUGAAGCUCAUUCUUCCAAUCGUACUUAGGUAUUUGGAUCAGAUCGUGCACUCGCAGGUCCUCUCGAGAACUCUCGCUUUAUACUGCGCGAGAAAGUUAUCUGUUCUCCUUUCGGUUGCUGAACAAAUGAGAGAAGAGCAGAAGCAAAAUCAAACGAAUACUUCAACGGCUGAGAGCUCCUCUCCUGCAACAGCAGUUCCGACAUCAAAAGCUUCUUCGUCCGAAAGCGAGAAAGGCAAAUCAGCUUUGUUUAGCCCGUACAAGACGUGCGCCCAACAUCAGUCUUUGGUGAAUGGUCUUUCUUGUAUACUUCAAGUAAUCACGAUCUGCUGUCCAGGGGCAUUGAUUUGGAACUCGGCGGUGGCGAACGUUUCCAAACCAGGAUCGUCUGGCGACCAAUCGAAAAGAAAUUCGUCUGGUUCUGCUCUGGAUAGGUUGGGGAUGUCUCCCUCUGAACUACCUUUGCCGUCUGGAUUAACAUCGCCUGUGCUUAGUAAACAGAUCGAAAAUCUUCUUGUGUUAAAAGAGGAAGAAAUAAAAGCUCGAAGUAGGGCUGUCGAGAAACGAUGGGCUGUCGAUUGCAACAAAAGCACUGUAAUGGAGGUCAGCAAGCUUCUGGAGAUUCUUGAUUAUCUCGACGAGGAAGAUCAGAACAAACCUAUUUCUGUUGAUGAACUUUAUACAAAAAUAUUUGGAAGUUUUCCUGAAGAUUGUUCGAAGGUAUCUCCAAUGGACGAGGCUGUAACUAUACUUCUUAUACAAUGGGCAACAACUAACCACCGCAUUGGAAAACACAGAGCUGUCAUUGUAGCGAGGUUGAUAAAAAAGAGACAGUGUGAACUUCGUGACCAGCAAGAUCAAACCGACGGUGCGGACGAAGAAGACGAAACGUCAUCAAAAGCCUCACAAGCUGCGUCGAGUACUCUCUACUUCCAGAAUGUUGCUUUGAAAUAUCUGGAUCAGUAUGCACCAGUUUGGGGUGAUGAGGAACAGAGUGACAGUAGCUUCUGUCAACUGGUUAUGUUAUAUGGUGAGCUCAUCCGACUGGAUGUAUUCUCCCACAAUGCAUAUUUAUGUACAUUGAUAUCCCGAGGUGAUCUUGAAUCCACAACCAGUUCCCAAUCUACCUCGGAAAACACCACGGCCACUCAAGAUAGCUCCGUGAAACUGGAAGGAAGCAAUACGGAAUUAUUACAGGAGACGAUCAUCGAGGAAAGUCACCGUUCAUCAGAACAGCUGGAACUGGAUCAGGAAUUGAUGAUGCAUCGGGAACAGUUGCAGAAAUUGUUUUCUCAGGAUGAACCACCAGAUGACGGUCUUGUCUCGCCUUUUGCAGCUUCUUCUGGGUUUAAAUUUGACGAAUUCAGAAGCGAAAAACCCAGCAACACCAGCGUUUCCACUGAGCAAGCACCGAAACCAAAAGAGAAAUCACGACACGAUCUUUACGUGAAGCAUUUCCCGAUAAUGAAGGAGGAAAACAGUCACGAGCUAAAUCAGCGUCUGGUGAUGUUGUACGGUGUGGGAAAACCACGAACAACGGCGAUAAAGACGAUCAAGGAUUUUGGAAAGGAACUCGUGAGCUUUCUUAAGGAACUUGGGGAGUUUGACGGCAGUGAUCUCGAGGAUGCUAAAAUGAAACAUUUAGUAGAAAAGAAACAUUCGUUAUACAGAAAGUUUCGCUCAUUUCCGAUAUUUGAUCAAUGCUCAUGGGUGGCCAAGUGCACAGGAUAUUUAAAAGAAAUGGCGCACAGUGGCAGUGGAAAUUAUGGAAUGUCGGAGCAUUUCCCGACGUAUGGCCAGCUUUCCUUCAUCGUGGAUCUUCAUGACAUGUGCAACAACAUCCCGGACCUAUUGGACUUCCUUGUCGAAUUUUUAGAAGUAAGAAACGAAGUGUGCUUCAAUCCCAACGUCCCGCAGGAGACGUCCGUGUACGGAACACUCCCUACGAAAUCUCUUCUCGUGCUGGCUGCAUUGCAAAAACACCAGUCAAUUCUACUGCUCGAUCCUGAGUUAGCGUUGAAGACCUUUUUUGGGUUACUUCGGACUGUGGAGAAUAUUUCCGAUCCAGCAUUUUGUACGUCGACCGAGCGAUGUAUUCUGACAUAUCUCUAUCACCUAUACACAAGUUGUGCAUAUGUGAAGAGCAAGUCGUUUCUCAGUUUUGAUACGGCUUGCAAUCGGAUCAAGGAAACUAUUUGUUAUUCCACAUCUUCGCUUGUAACUCAGGGAAUGACCUGGGAUUCUUCAUCGUCCUUUCUGGAUUCUUUUCUAGAGGACUCGAGAAGGGAGAAACUGGACAUAAUUUGGAAGCAAAUUAUGGUACAAGAAAAUGUUGUUCACAUGUACAGUUUGGUUUGCAACGCGUUUGUGAAUGUUUGCAUGUGUCAAGACAGAGAAAGAUUGUAUGACAUUGGCGUCCUGUGCGCAGAAAUAACGGCUCAUUUCAGAGGUUUGUCUUCGCAGUGGAUAACAGCCGUGAAAGCAUUUUGCUAUUCUACGGGCAGCACCGACAAAGGAUAUGUGGAACUUCUGGAGGAAAUUGAUAUCAGCGAAUCCUCUACUCACGAAUGUAUUUGUCUAUUCACAUCUCUGCUCCUGUCAAGAAGUUGUUUCUCGCUUGAUGAUCUUAUAUGUCAUGCAUUGCUGCCGGCGUUGCGUGACGCUGUUGAUUCAGGUAACAAAGUGAUCCCAGAAGCAGAGGCAGGUGCUCAGUUGACGUGUCAGUUACUGUACAGGUUAUUAGAUCGUUCGCAAGCAGCCUCCAUAUCGCCGUAUGUAAGUGACAAAUACUCGUGCGAGACUUCGCCUGAUGGAAUUCUGCUGUCAGCUGCGAAGGAAAACGUUCAAGUUGGUGUCAUCCUUGAUGCCUUGAAAGCAAUCGUGAAGUUCUCGGACGCUGAAAGCCGGAUGUCUGAGCCUGAAACAAGCUUAAAUAGCAACGAUGAUUUGUUCCGUAAUUUCUUUAAUGGCAUGGAUGAUCUCAUUGACGUUGUGCCAGGCCAAUCGGGAGACGUCUUUUCUUCGUCACUGAUGUCAACUAAAUCGGUUAUCGAGAAUACCAAUGUGUGUUCGUAUGCAAGUAGCAUUUUGCAAAAGCUGUGUAGUCAAGACUGGUUGAAAGAAAAAUGUCUCCGAGAUGACAAAUUACUCUUUUCGACAGAAGGUCUUCUCGAUCCAAAUAUGACGGAUGUUCAGGCUAAAAAACUUCUUCAUUUAAUGUGCCAUCCAAAUAACUCGGGUCAGAGUUUCGGCGUCACAGUUGAUACAUUCCCGUCAUCUUCUGCUCUUGAAAUGGAGGCCUAUAAAGAGACAGCGAAUAAAAUACUCAAGAAUCUGGACCAGUGGUCAUUCCGCAACUCGUCGUUGGAGCUUUUACUUUUGCUGAGUAAAAGUGAGAAAGAGAAAACGGACGCAAUUGUAGACUCAAUUUCAUCAGUGUCCUUGAAUCUGUUCGUCGAACAAGGCGAUUGUUCGAAGUUGAUUGCAAAGAAAAGCGAGAAAAAGGAUGAGUUUGAUAAUGGUGCCGAGUUCUUGGUUGAACCGAUGCUGAAGAAACUGUCGCACGGCUUGCAUAGUCGCAUUUUAAAGACAGCGUGUAAUGUCCUUGGGGUGAAAGGCUGGUGGAAGGACAAAAAAGGUUAUGGAGGGUCGAGUUUAAUUCAUACGCAACCUUUUCUUCAACUUAUAUUGUCAUGUCUGCAAACUCUGAGCGAACAGCGGGAGACGUUAUUGGCAUCGCUUCUGCGACAGUUUCAAGAUCUUCUUGAAGCACCCGCGAAGGAAGGCCAUCCCGUAGAGAAAAGCGGCAAGUUAUUUCUCCAGGAAGCUCUCGAUCUAAGACUGAGAUUGGUAGGAGUAAUGUUUGACUCCAUUGCAAACCCAAAAAACCUACAGAUGGCAACCGAAUGGAGUGCCGUGCUGUUUCAUCUCAUCAGUAGUGGCAUUUUAUCCACAGAUUCGAGCAAGCACUAUACAAAUACUCUUGACAUGUUGUCGGUUCUAAUCAACGUUAUCACAUCGACGGAGUCAACAACGAACCAGCUAGCUGAUGAUGGCAGAAAGUUUAGCACUGGAUUAUUUAAAAAGAUGAAGCGCAUGCUCGUAGAGAAUCCUCGUGAUAUAGAGAAUUGCAAGCAGUUGCUGCCGUUUCCUGGCCGCUCUAUUGAAGUUGUCACUGUUGAGAAAAGUCAGCAAAAUGAUUUUUCGAUCGUGUCUGAAUCCCAGUCGUCCUCAUUAGAAAAUGAAGAAACAAACGAGGGAUUGCAAGUGAAAGGACGACAGAAGAUUAGCCCGUGGGAUUUGAUUGAAGGACAUAAGAAUCCUGCUCCAAUGUUGUUCUCAUGGUUUGGUGCCGUGCGACUUGAGCGAAAACCUUUACCAUACCAAACAGACCUGCCCCGCAGUCAACAUCAUAAUUUUGUGAAACGAAAACCCUUGAGUUACUAUCUCAAUCCACCAGACGACUCCGAUGAGGAGGGCGUGGAUUUACCUUCCGGAGUUAACUCACCUGGAAAGCAACAGAACACUCUCGAACCAAAAGGUACGGGGAGACCUUAUAACUCGAUGACUAAUCUGAGCGAUGCCGUUAAACGAGAGAGACUGGAACCAUGCCAAGUAGGACUCGAAUCUCAUAUCAGUGAUGACCAGUCCAAGCCAAAACGAGCAAGAAAAAUGGCGAGACCGUUACCACAAUUACAUUCACAACAACAGCAGCAUGUACAACAACCGCAUUUACAACAACAACAACAGCAGCAACAACAGCAACACAGCAGCAGCAACAGCAAUUACAAAGUAAACAGCAGCCAAACCUCGUCAAAUUAA